AUGUUGGUUUGGUUUUACAUGUGGAAGAAGAGACAUACUGGGAGAGAUCAAGAAGACGGUGGUGACAGUGACCUGGCCAUGGACGAAGAUUUUGAGAAGGGCACUGGACCGAGGAAGUUUUCCUUUAAUGAAUUGGCUCUUGCGACCACUAACUUUUCAGAGGGAGAGAAGCUUGGAGAGGGAGGGUUUGGUGGGGUCUAUAGAGGUUUCUUGCGAGAACUGAACUCUUAUGUUGCAGUUAAGAGAGUAACAAGGAACUCCCAACAGGGGAUGAAGGAGUACGCAUCUGAAGUGACGAUCUUCUGUCGAUUGAGGCACCGGAACUUGGUGCAGCUCGUGGGCUGGUGCCAUAAAAAAGGAGAGCUCCAAUUGGUUUACGAGUUGUUGCCAAAUGGAAGCUUGAGCACCUGUCUUUUUGAAGAAAAAACCUUGUUAACAUGGGCUAUGAGGUAUAGAAUUGCUCUAGGCUUGGCCUCUUCUCUUCUGUCCCUACAUGAAGAAUGGGAGCAGUGUGUGGUACACAGGGACAUCAAGUCCAGUAAUGUGAUGCUGGACUCAGAUUUUAAUGCUAAGCUUGGAGAUUUUGGGCUAGCCAGGCUUGUUGAUCAUGGUAAAGGGUCACAAACCACUGUUUUAGCAGGGACCAUGGGCUACAUGGCUCCUGAAUGUUUCAUGACAGGCAAGGCUAGUAAGGAAUCUGACGUGUACAGUUUUGGAAUUGUUGCAUUGGAAAUUUGCUGUGGAAGAAGAGCCGUGGGAACAAAGGCCGAAGAAAAUCAUUUCAGAUUGGUGGAGUGGGUUUGGGACCUCUAUGGCGUAGGAAAACUUCUUGAAGCAGCUGAUCCAAGACUGUCUGCAGAUUAUGAUGAUCAACAAAUGGAACGAUUGCUGAUUGUUGGUCUUUGGUGUGCUCACCCGGAUUGCAAUGCUCGUCCUUCAAUGAGGGAAGCAAUUAGUGUCCUUAAUUCUGAAGCUUUAUUGCCUCUUCUUCCUAUUAAAAUGCCUGUGCCAAUGUAUUACGCUCCUCCGGCGGUGCAGACAUCCUAUAGCACUAGCCUUUCUGAGAGAAACCACACCCAGUUUUCCAACUCCUCUAAUGGCACCACGGACUCAUCAAAGUUCAUACAGUGCCAUAACAUGGAUGACUACAGCGAGUUUGAUAAUCCCGAGCUUCUUCCGUCGUUCACACAGCUUGGUUAUGGUCAGAUUUCCAAUAUGACUACAAUGCUGAGUGCAGAGUUUCAAAAGCGCUCUAAUUUCUGCGUUAAGGAUCCGUGA